GUUAGCAGAGUUGUUUUCAAACUGCUUUGCAGAUCUUUGUUUCUGUUAGUUUAAUUCCUGGUCGGUGUUUAAAUCGCGCAUUUCUUAAAAAAAGAACAAGUGAUAAAGAAAUGUCUGAAGUGAUUGAGAUGAUUUUGAUUAUCAUAAUAGUCACAUUAUGCUUUCUAAUGAUUCCGUUCAACUUGCAACCAAACGCCGUAAUCGAAGCUCGAAAAAAGUUUGAUAUCUUCAUUCGACUGUACGACAAACCCUAUAGGCACAAUAUGCGGGAAUACGAUCGUCGGUUUCAAAUAUUUCGAUCCUCGCUGAACAAGAUAGCGUUUUUAAAUGUUCAUCGCAUGGAAAACGAUACUGCUAUUUACGGUAUUACACAGUACGCUGAUUUGACAGAUCAGGAGUUUUUGCAGUGGAAUCUAUCUGUUUUAAAACAUCAAAUGGGCCCCGGGCAGAUAUUGCAGGAAAAAAUAACUCCAUUGGAUAAAUUUAUCAUCGAAUCCAGUAGUGCCGAAAUGAAAGAUGCUAUAAUUUUCACACGAGCUAAGCGAUCUCUUCAAAUUUCGGAUUAUUUACCAAAAGUAGUUGAUUGGCGAGAAAAAAAUGUUGUUCCAGCUGUGAAAUCUCAAGGAAAUUGCGGAGCUUGUUGGGCUAUCAGCGUCAUGGAUACAAUUUCAUCACUUUCUACAAUCAAGAAAAAACAACCUAAUGUAACAGACUUGUGUAUAGAUCAGGUAAUCAAUUGCGCUGGUAAUGGCAACUAUGGAUGCGACGGUGGUGACACAUGUAGAUUGUUGGAAUGGUUGCAAAACGAGCAAAUUGUGUUGAAUACUUUAAGUGACUGUCCGACUACUCUCUCGACCGAGAAUAAUCCUGCAUGUAAAUUUGGGAAAGUAAACGAACAAAAAUUCUUGACUGUUGGAAGUUUUUCGUGUGUCAGCUUGGUCGACCGAGAGCACUUGAUGCUUCGAUACCUGGCGACUCGUGGCCCAAUUGUGGCAGCAGUGAAUGCAAUUUCAUGGCAAUAUUAUUUGGGAGGUAUCGUGCAGUACCACUGCGAGGGGCGUUACGAAGAUCUCAACCAUGCAGUGGAAAUCGUCGGCUAUAAUCUGGAAAGCAACAUACCAUACUAUUGGGUGAAAAACUCUUGGGGUACAACAUUUGGUGACCAUGGGUACAUUAAGAUCGAGAUUGGUAAAAAUUUAUGUGGAAUAGCGAAUAGGGUUUCUUUCAUCGAACUGGUGUAGAGCAAUAAAACCGAAGAUUUGUUCAA